AGAGAGCCGCAGUCAGUGUUGUGCCUCCAGUCCUCCAGACUGUGGAUGUAGAGAACCAAAGUGGACUUUACGCUUUUUACGCACGAGGUUUGCAGGAGAUACCACCUCUCAUUCAUUUAACCAUCGGCUCGAGUCAGCAAACAAGCUGAUUAUCUUCCACAAUUUGUAACCUUUUAUUGAUCUUUGUGCCGGAUAUCGAACAGAAUUAAGGAAAUAAAGCUUAAUUUGUCAGGAGAUAUGAUACUCAGGAGAAGUCUCUUCUUGCUGCUCUUAUCUUUUAAUUUCCUCCUCGCAUUGACUCAAGAUGGCGAGCAGGAGGACGAGACAACGUUCGACUUGUUUGAAAUCAGCCAGAUCACACGCAAGACUCUGGGGGCCAAACAGUUCAGGGGCCAAAACUCUGACGCUCCUGCUUACCGCUUCAUCCGCUUCGACCACCUGCCCCCAGUGAGCCCCCCUAUCCUAAAACAAAUCCUGCAGCAGAUCCAGAACAACGAGGGCUUUGUGUUCGAGGCCAGCAUUCGGCAGGACCGCGCCUCUCGGGGGACCCUGAUCGGUCUCGAGGGCCGCGACGGCCAGCGGCAGUUCGAGAUCGUCUCCAACGGACGGGCCAACACUCUGGACCUGGUUUACUGGGAGGACGGCUCGCAGAACCUGUUUUCCUUUGAGGAUGUGGACCUGUCCGACUCGCAGUGGAAGAAUAUCACGCUUCACGUUCACGGGGAAAAUGCAAACCUGUUCAUUGGCUGCAGCCUGAUAGACAGCUUCAUCCUGGAUGCUCCUUUCUACGAGCACCUGCAUGCCGAGGGGAGCCGCAUGUAUGUGGCAAAGGGAUCCAGCCGGGAAAGCCACUUCAGGGGCCUUCUGCAGAACGUGCAUUUCAUCUUUGACACCAGCAUCGAAGACGUUCUCCUGAGCAAAGACUGCGAGGUUACAAAACCGGAUGAGGUGAAUAUAGUGAGCGAGACCACAGAAACCGUGGCCGUGAGUCCCUCCAUCACGACGAACAUUAUCGGUCAGAAGACGGAUGAUCUGGGCGCGGAUAUGUGCGAGCGCUCCUGUGAGGAACUCAGCACCAUGUUCCAGGAACUGAACGGCCUGCGCGUCGUCGUCAGCAACCUCAUUGAUGGCUUACAAAAAGUGACGGAGGAGAACACAGUCAUGAAGGAGGCCCUCGGGAAGAUGAAGAACUCCAAGGAGAAGAACAUGUGCUGGCAGGAUGGACGCCUGUUUGACGAUAAAGAAGACUGGAUUGUAGACAGCUGCACCAAGUGUACCUGCCAGGAGUCCAAGAUCGUGUGUCACCAAAUCACGUGCCCCCCUGUGGCCUGUGCCAGCCCCUCGUUUAUUGACGGCGAGUGCUGCCCCGUGUGUUUGCCUAAAGACAGCAAUGAUGGCUGGUCCCCCUGGUCAGAGUGGACAGAGUGCACAGUCACCUGCGGGAUAGGAACUCAACAAAGGGGUCGGUCAUGUGAUGCAACCAGCAACCCCUGUCCAGGACCCUCCAUACAGACGCGCAAGUGCAGCCUGGGAAAAUGCGACAGCCGGGUUCGCCAGGACGGAGGCUGGAGUUUGUGGUCACCGUGGUCCUCCUGCUCAGUGACCUGUGGAGAAGGACAGAUCACCAGGAUACGACACUGCAACGCCCCCGUGCCACAGCUGGGGGGGAAAGACUGCGAGGGAAGUGGGAGAGAGACUCAGCGCUGCACUGCCAAGCCGUGUCCCGUUGAUGGUAGUUGGGGUCCUUGGUCUCCAUGGGCAACCUGUUCAGCAACAUGUGGACGGGGGAUCAAAAGUCGGACGCGUGAAUGCAACAGCCCUAAACCUCAGUAUGGAGGCAAUAAGUGUAUCGGGGAGGCCAACGACGACGACAGCUGUAACGACAAAGAAUGUCCUAUUGAUGGCUGUCUGUCUAACCCUUGCUUCGGGGGAGUGGAUUGCAACAGCUCUCCAGAUGGAUCUUGGGAGUGUGGCGCAUGUCCUGCUGGUUUCCGUGGAAACGGUACCCACUGUGAAGACAUUAACGAGUGUGACAUGGUGACAGACGUUUGCUUCAAAGUGGGAGAAACACCACGCUGUGUCAACACUGAUCCUGGUUUCCACUGCUUGCCUUGUCCAAAACGAUACAAGGGCACCCAGCCUUUCGGUAUGGGCGUGGAGUCAGCAAAGAAGAACAAACAGGUGUGUGAGCCGGAGAACCCAUGCAAGGACAAGACCCACAGCUGUCACAAAUAUGCCGAAUGCAUCUACCUCAGCCACUUCAGUGACCCGAUGUACAAGUGUGAGUGCAGGACCGGUUACGCUGGAGACGGCUUCAUUUGCGGAGAGGACUCAGACUUGGAUGGCUGGCCCAAUCAGAACCUUGUGUGUGGUGCCAACGCAACAUAUCACUGCAAGAAGGAUAACUGUCCUAAUCUUCCCAACUCUGGACAAGAGGACUUUGACAAAGACGGUCAAGGAGAUGCUUGUGACAAGGAUGAUGACAGUGAUGGAAUUUUAGACGAGAGGGACAACUGCCCCCUCCUUUUCAAUCCUCGCCAGUUUGACUUUGACAAGGACGAAGUCGGGGACCGCUGCGACAACUGUCCCUAUGAACACAACCCUGCUCAGAUAGACACCGACCACAACGGAGAAGGAGAUGCCUGCGCAAUUGACAUAGACGGAGAUGAAAUUCUGAAUGAGAGUGACAACUGCCCCUAUGUGUACAACACUGACCAGAAGGACACUGACAUGGAUGGAGUUGGUGACCAGUGUGACAACUGUCCAUUGCUGCACAACCCCGACCAGACUGAUUUAGAUAACGACCUUGUUGGAGAUCAGUGUGACAACAACCAGGACAUCGACGAAGACGGCCAUCAGAACAACCUGGACAACUGUCCCUAUGUGGCCAAUUCCAACCAGGCCGACCACGACAAGGAUGGCAAAGGGGACGCGUGCGACUACGACGACGAUAACGACGGCGUACCUGACGAAAAGGACAACUGCAGACUGACACCCAACGUAGACCAGCUGGACUCUGAUGGCGAUGGAAGAGGGGACGCCUGCAAAGAUGACUUUGACAAUGACAACAUCCCGGAUAUUCUCGACGUGUGCCCUGAGAACAACGCAAUCAGCGUCACAGACUUCAGGAAGUUCCAGAUGGUCCACUUGGAUCCAAAGGGAACCACUCAAAUCGAUCCAAACUGGGUGGUCAGACAUCAGGGCAAAGAGCUGGUUCAGACCGCCAACUCCGACCCGGGCAUCGCCGUCGGUUUUGAUGAGUUCAACGCUGUGGACUUCAGUGGGACGAUGUACGUGAACACAGACAGAGAUGACGACUAUGCAGGCUUUGUGUUCGGAUACCAGUCGAGUGGGCGCUUUUAUGUGGUGAUGUGGAAGCAGAUCACACAGACUUACUGGGAGGACAAGCCCUCUAAGGCCUUUGGCAUCUCUGGGGUUUCACUCAAAGUUGUAAACUCCACCACUGGCACUGGAGAGAACCUCAGGAAUGCUUUGUGGCACACAGGCAACACUCCCGGACAGGUUCGGACUCUGUGGCAUGACCCCAAAAACAUUGGUUGGAAGGAUUACACAGCCUACAGGUGGCAUCUCAUCCACAGACCGAAGACUGGUUUUAUAAGAGUUGUGGUCUAUGAAGGUAAACAGAUCAUGGCUGACUCAGGACCAAUUUACGACAAGACGUUCGCUGGAGGAAGGUUAGGCUUGUUUGUCUUCUCACAAGAGCUGGUGUUCUUCUCCGACCUCAAGUAUGAGUGCAGAGAUAAGCCGGAGUUUCCAACGGUGUUCCUCAGAUAACUGAAUCACGUCUGAUAGAAAAACAUCGGAAGCCAAAAAACAAGAACUUCUUGAAGUAAACAUCACGUCAAAUCCAAUUCAGAGUUAAAGAGACUUUUCCACACUCGUCCAUGUUUCGCCUUGAUCCAUCCACCAGAGGAAACCAUGGCCCACUUCAGUUUUUUCCCAAGCUGGGGAAGAAAAACUGAUGAGAUGGGAUGAAUUUUUUAGGAAAGCCUUGAAACAUGUUUACCUUUUUUCUACAUUUCUAAGGGUUCAUCGUCUAACCACUUGCACGCUGUUUGAGCUUUCCUCCAGUUUUCUUACUUAUUCACAUUGUAGGCGACUCAGUUCUCGACCUUUUGCCUCGUUCUUUGUUCGCUGAGCAACUGAUCAUAACAUGUCUUACAAACAUUAUCUGUAACCAAAGCAUAAUCAAGUCCAUAACUAUAUCUCCUCAUUGUUUCUUUUUUGUUUAAUCCUGAAUGUUUUGACUUCUUUAUCAACAGAGAACUUGAGUGAACGCUAUCAGAACGCCAUGUUAGCCAGUGCCAAAGAUGUUUAUACUAAGUCUGUAUCAUAAUUCCUUUUGUAAAUUAUUAAUGCUCUGCUCGUUUCGUUCGUUCGUUUGUUUGUUUGCAUUUUUUGCGAGAGUUUGUAAAUAAUUAUUUAUUUGUUUACACUGACAAAAACAUAUAAUUGAGUAUCACAAACGACAAGAUAACACAUUUCAGUAUUGCAUUUUUUCUAAGUGUUGUUUCGCACUUCCUUUUCUUGAUAGUUUUUUUUUAUUUCUGAUGACCUGCACGGUGACUCUAAAGACAGAAGUUUUUUAAGGGUUGUCACAGAAGAUGGAAUUUUCAUUCUGGUUACAUGUGUACAUUAAUAAAGCCACUGUGUUUAUUUUGUUAGCUUUCCACUCCGGGCCUCAUUGUCCUCAAAGCGAUGAUGGUGCAUGUGGAACAUUUUUCAGCGAUUGUAUUCAGUGUCCAAAGAAACUCUUAACGGGUGUAUCACUAGAAUUGGGUGAUGCAAAUACUUUAGAAAGCACCCUCUCCAACAUGACACCCCAAAAAAUAAAUAGAUCCGUAAUGCUGGCUACACACUGUACAACUUUUAAAUAUUAACUGAUUUUUUAAACGGGGGAGGUCACAGACACAAAGACAGUUUUGACAUUUUUUAACAUUAUAAUCCUACAAAAAGCACCGGACCGCCAAGAGCACACGCUUGCCGUUCGCUGUUACGUUUCACAGUGCCAAAUCAUUGAACGCAAGGUCUCUCACAUGAUCCAAUAUUCCAAUUUGCUAGAGUUAUGGUUUGGUUUCUGUUCGCCGCCAUGUUUGUGAGCUGUAAAAGUAUCCACACGUCUGGUCUCCUCGCUCUCCUUGGCUAUUGCGGGCAUCCCAAUCAUUGGUGGAAUCGAGACGAAAUUGGGGAGGUUGGUCCUCGGUCUGGAGAGUAAAGUCAUCGUGUUGACACCACCACUGGAUGGGACAAGCCUCAAAUCGGGCCAAGCCAAUUCACAGUUGUUGGUGGGGUGAAUCAGGACCAAAUUUGGGCCUAAAAUCAUUUAGUGUGUAGCCAGUCUAACACAUUAACAAAGUAACUAAAUACACUUAAUUGUAGUUUAACUGAAAGAGUCUUUAUAUCUAAUGCUUUGUACCAAAAACUAAGUGAAGAAUCACACCAACAGCAGAGACUUUGAGGUUCAAAGUUGGGUCAUUGUGUUUUGUAGAGUCAUGAAGUUCAAAUACAGUGAAAACAUUUUCUACACGUUUCUUUUUUCAUGCGUAUUGUAGUCGUUAAUAUCACUUAUGGAUGUUGUGAAACUUUCCAGUGUCAAUGGAAAAAGGAAUCCAGAUGAAGGUCUCUGAGUGUGACUGUGUGUUUGUGUCGUGUGGAUCGAGGGAGCGUCAGUGUGCGACCCCGGUGUCAUUUAGUCUGUACAGCUUUGUGUUCUUCUGGUUUUUUGGUUUCCAUCUUGUUUACCUUGUUGGGAGUUUUCAAAUGCACAAAAUGUAAAUGUUUUUGUAUACUUGUUUUGUUAGAUUUACAUUUUCUACAAACAUCAGUGUAAGAUUGUUCUGUUUCAUAAAUAAAUGUCUUGUACACAG